GCGACCGUUCCAUCCCUCGCAACGAUCGAUCGUUAUUCUACAGCCCUGCGAGAUAUCGCCAUGGCGUUGGAGAUCGAAUUCCCCCUAUCUCUGUUUCCCACAGCAACGGAGGAGGAGAUGAUGGGAUGAAAUCCUAGGCAGUUUCGAGGAAAUCUUCUACUUGAAUUCAAGAGGAGGAGGAGGAGGAGGAGCGAGGGAUUUGGAAGAAAAAAGGGGCGGCAAACGAGUAGGGUUGGGAUUCAUGGAGGGGGGAGGAGGAUAGGAUGAGACGAGAGGCAGGGAAUGGAUAGAGGGUGCGAACAAUGCGGCUAGGAUGAUAUCCUAGACAGUUUCGAGGUAACAUUGUUCUUCAUUCUGGGAAAAGGGAGGAGGAGAGGAUGAACGGCAGGGGGUGGGAGAGGGUGCGGAUGGCGCGGUUGGGCGGGGAGGCCGCGGUGGUGGGGACGAGGAGGAGAGAGGUAGCGGACUUCCGGCAGGUGUCGUCGCAGACCGUGCGGCUCGGUCGUGUCCAGCCCCAGCAUCCCAGCCACCGCACCAUAUACUGCAACGACUCCGACGCUAACUCCAUUGCCAGAUUUAAGAGCAAUUCCAUAUCGACGACGAAGUACAGUGUCUUGACCUUUCUACCCAAGGGUUUAUUUGAGCAGUUCAGGCGAGUUGCUAAUUUGUACUUUCUCAUGAUCUCAAUCUUAUCCACUACACCAAUCAGUCCAGUGUCACCUGUAACGAAUGUUGUUCCUCUCAGUUUAGUUCUUUUGGUAUCUCUUAUCAAGGAGGCAUUUGAAGAUUGGAAGCGUCUUCAAAAUGACAACUCAAUCAAUAAUACUGCUGUUGAUGUGUUGCAAGGUCAAAAUUGGGAAAGUGUGCCUUGGAGAAAGCUGCAAGUUGGAGACAUUGUGAGGGUCAAGCAAGAUGGCUUUUUUCCGGCUGAUUUGGUCUUCCUUGCUAGUACAAAUCCUGAUGGAGUCUGCUACAUUGAGACUGCAAAUCUAGAUGGAGAAACCAAUUUGAAGAUUAGAAAAGCAUUAGAGAAGACAUGGGAUUACUUGGCUCCUGAGAUAGCUGAUAAAUUUAAAGGGGAAAUACAGUGUGAACAGCCAAACAAUUCACUUUAUACUUUUACUGGAAAUCUUAUCAUUGAAAGUCAAACCUUGCCUCUUUCUCCAAAUCAAAUUCUACUUAGAGGUUGCAGCCUUCGGAACACGGAAUACAUUGUUGGGGCUGUUAUUUUUACUGGUCAUGAAACAAAAGUUAUGAUGAAUUCUAUGAGUGUUCCUUCUAAAAGAAGUACGUUGGAAAGGAAACUGGAUAAACUUAUACUUACUCUUUUUGGUGGUUUAUUCAUGAUGUGUCUGAUUGGAGCCAUUGGAAGUGGAGUUUUUAUCAACCGCAAAUACUACUUCCUAGGACUUUUUGAUGAUGUGGAGGGUCAAUUUAAUCCUAACAAUAGAUUUGUGGUUACUAUUCUGACAAUGUUUACAUUGAUAACAUUGUACUCAACUAUCAUCCCUAUUUCUCUCUAUGUCUCAAUUGAGAUGAUCAAGUUCAUUCAGUGUGCUCAGUUUAUUGACAAAGAUUUGCACAUGUAUCAUGCUGAAAGCAACACCCCUGCAUUAGCACGGACAUCCAAUCUGAAUGAGGAACUUGGGCAGGUGGAGUAUAUAUUUUCUGACAAAACAGGAACCUUAACUAGAAACCUGAUGGAGUUCUUCAAGUGUUCAAUUGGUGUGGAGGCAUAUGGAACUGGAAUUACCGAGAUUGAAAAAGGACAAGCACAACGAAGUGGGAAAAAAUUAAGUGAGGAUGCAAAGUCAGAUACAGCAGUUCGUGAAAAAGGCUUCAACUUUGAUGAUGCUAGGAUUAUGCAUGGUGCUUGGAGAAAUGAGCAUGAUCCUGAGAUCUGCAAGGAGUUUUUCAGAUGUCUUGCAUUAUGCCAUACUGUUCUUCCAGAAGGUGAUGAAUCCCCAGAGAAGAUUACUUAUCAAGCUGCAUCACCUGAUGAGGCUGCCCUUGUAACUGCUGCGAAGAACUUUGGUUUCUUCUUUUAUAGGCGCACACCAACCACAGUCAUGGUACGUGAAUCACAUGUUGAAACGAUGGGUAUGAAACAAGAUGUGUCAUAUGAGAUCCUAAAUGUUUUAGAAUUUAACAGUACAAGGAAGCGCCAGUCUAUUGUGUGUCGCUAUCCGAAUGGAAGGCUUGUCCUCUAUUGUAAGGGUGCGGAUACUGUCAUAUUUGAAAGAUUGUCUGAUGCAAGUAAUGACAUUAGAAAAGUCACCAGGGAGCACUUGGAACAGUUUGGUUCGGCGGGUCUACGUACACUUUGCCUUGCCUAUCGGGAAUUAACAAAUGAUUUAUAUGAAAAAUGGAAUGAGAAAUUUAUUCAAGCCAAAUCGUCUUUAAGAGACCGGGAUAAAAAACUUGAUGAGGUGGCAGAGAUUAUUGAAAAGGAUCUUAUACUAAUAGGAUGCACUGCUAUUGAAGAUAAGCUUCAAGAUGGAGUUCCAGCUUGCAUAGAAACUUUGGCUAGAGCUGGUAUAAAAAUCUGGGUGUUGACAGGGGAUAAAAUGGAGACUGCAAUAAAUAUUGCUUAUGCAUGCAACUUGAUCAAUAAUGACAUGAAGCAAUUCAUCAUCAGUUCAGAAACUGAUGCAAUCCAAGAGGCCGAGGAAAAGGGUGACCCUGUGGAGAUUGCACGUGUCAUAAAAGACACAGUAAAAAAUCAUCUGAAACAAUGCCAUGAGGAGGCCCAUCGAUACGUUCAUGUGUCGGGGCAAAAGUUGGCUCUUGUAAUUGAUGGCAAAUGUUUAAUGCAUGCACUGGACCCAAAUUUACGUGUGAAUCUGCUCAACUUAAGCUUGAAUUGUAGUUCAGUAAUUUGUUGUCGUGUUUCUCCACUUCAAAAGGCACAGGUUACAAGCCUAGUCAAGAAAGGUGCUCAUAGGAUCACCCUUAGUAUAGGGGAUGGUGCAAACGAUGUAAGUAUGAUCCAGGCUGCUCAUGUUGGUGUUGGCAUAAGUGGUCUGGAAGGGAUGCAAGCUGUAAUGGCUAGUGAUUUUGCCAUUGCUCAGUUUCGCUUCCUUACAGAUCUGCUUCUUGUACAUGGAAGAUGGUCAUAUAUCAGGUUAUGUAAGGUGAUCACUUACUUCUUCUACAAGAAUCUUACAUUUACAUUGACUCAGUUUUGGUUCACCUUUCAAACUGGCUUCUCUGGUCAGAGAUUUUAUGAUGACUGGUUCCAAUCUUUGUACAAUGUCAUUUUUACAGCUCUUCCUGUGAUCAUUGUUGGACUUUUUGACAAGGAUGUAAGUGCUUCUUUGUCAAAGAAGUAUCCAGAGCUCUACAGGGAAGGAAUCAGAAAUAUGUUUUUCAAAUGGAGAGUUGUGGCAGUAUGGGCUUUCUUUGCUGUAUACCAGUCUUUGAUCUUCUAUUAUUUCACAACUACUGCAAGUCAGAAUGGUCAUAAUUCAUCAGGAAUGAUAUUUGGUCUUUGGGAUGUUAGUACAAUGGCCUUUACUUGUGCUGUUGUAACUGUCAACUUGCGCCUUCUUAUGGUAUGCAAUUCACUUACGAGGUGGCACCUUCUGAGUGUUUCAGGGAGCAUUUUAGCAUGGUUUAUUUUUAUCUUCAUAUAUUCUGGAAUAAUGACCCCAAAUGAUAGACAGGAAAAUGUUUAUUUUACCAUAUACGUGCUUUUGAGCACAUUCUAUUUCUACCUAACACUGCUUCUCAUCCCUGUUGUUGCCCUUCUCAGCGACUUCUUUUACCUUGGGAUCCAAAGAUGGUUUUUCCCCUACAACUAUCAAAUUGUUCAAGAGAUUCACAGAGGCGAGUAUGAAGGUGUCGGCAGCAGAGAGUUUCUAGAAAUCGGUAAUAAUCUAACACCAGAUGAAGCUCGGAGUUAUGCUAUAUUACAGCUUCCAAGAGAAAAGUCGAGGCACACCGGUUUUGCUUUUGAUUCGCCUGGUUACGAAUCAUUUUUUGCAUCACAACAAGGUGUUUUUGCACCAAUAAUGGCAUGGGAUGUAGCCCGUCGAGCAAGUGUGAGGUCAAAAAGAACAUCUCAAAGAUAACUGUUUAUCACUGUACAUUUCUUCAUCAUUAUUUCACACUAGUUAAGAAUGUAAGUAGCUGUAUAUUGUAUAGCUUUCAUAUCUCGUAUCACAAAUGUUUUCACUAUAUUUUCUCUUAUUGCAUAAGCUGG